AUGAAGUUCUACUCGACUGUCGGUGCCAUCGCGCUCCUUGGCGCCGGCCUCGUCUCGGCCCAGGACGCCGCCUCGACGAGCAGCGCCAGCGCCGCCUCGGCCAUCCCCACCGACCUCUCUGACUCGUGCCGCACCUUCCUUGCCGGCCUCAACACCGACACCAAGAUCUCGGCCUGCACCGGCCCCCUCGUCGCCGCCACAAAGGCCUACUCGGCCGCCGCGACAAACACCAGCAACACCAACACGGCCGCCGAGAUCGACUCGACCCUCAUCAACCUCUGCGGCGCCAACAGCUGCGACGCCGACCUCAUCCGCUCCUACCUCGACUCGUUCUGGCAGAGCUGCCACUCGGACAUUCAGCAGCGGAAACCCAAGAUCGGAGACUACUACGACAACCUCUACAUGAUCACACCGCUCCGCAACGCCAUCUGCUCGACCGACUCGACGGGCGGCUACUGCCUCAAGACGAUUGCCAAGGCCGCCUCGUCGACCAGCAUCGUCUCGAAGCGCUCCCUCGUCGCCGACGCCGACUCCGGCCUGCUGCCCCUCGAGCGCCGCCAGUCGUCCAACGCCCAGAUCGACGACCUCGCCGACAGCGUCGCCGAGGAGACGGCCGCCGCCUCGAUCACCAACACCAACACCGCCUUCCUCUACCUCAGCGAAAAGACGCCCAAGUCGAUCCUCUGCUCGGACUGCUCGCAGAACAUCCUGGCCGCCUACAUCGAGUUUGAGACGGCCAUCCCCUACGGCAUUGGCCUGCAGAACUCGGACAAGCUCAAGGUCCAGAGCUCCAUCUUCCAGGCCUACGUCAACACCUGCGGAAGGCCCGCCGUCACCAGCCUCAAGAAGAUUGCCGGCGUCUCGGCCCUCGACGGCGCCACCCGCGGUCAGGUCGCCGGCAUGACGGUCACCGCCGCCGCUGCCGCUGCCGUCGCACUCGUUGCCUUCCUCUGA